AUGUCAGCACUGCGAAAAAUUGUCCAACGACAAUUGUUUCAAAAAGAUGACGAGAGAAUUCAGGCGAUUGUGAAUGUAGCGAAAUUGGAUGGCAAGAAGAAGAAACAUCAAACGUUGCUGUGUUUAGCAGGUAAGAUUUGGGGAUUAGAGAAAAUUUAUCGUAAUUGAGGUCAAUUUGAAUCGGUUUUUGAUAGUUCACAGUUCUUAAAAGGUGGAUGAGCAAAAAGUGGACUCGAAACCACCAUAUUUGAUCAUUGACCGGUUAAACCGCACUUUUAAUUUCGAGUUUAACGGUAUAUGAUCAGAAAUGGUAGUUGAAUCAUAUAAAGUGAGCUCGAAAGAGCCACCUGUUCCUUUCAACUAUCUAACACCUUUUCAUAUAUGAGGAGUUAGGAAAGUUGCCAAGAAAAGGUAGAUGAGCAAAAAAAAGUGGACUCGAAACCACCAUUUCUAGUUGUUCAGUACUUAUAUCUAUGUAUCUAAAUUUCGGAUAAAAGUCUGAAGAACUAGAAAUGGUAGUUGAAUCAAAAAAUGUGAGCUCAAAAGAGCCACCUCUUCUUGACUAGUUAUUUAUACCUUUCUGAAUACCAGGAAUAAAAUAAAAUGUCAAGAAAAGGUGGAUGAGCAAAAAGUGGACUCGAAACCACCAUUUCUGACCAGUUACCGGAUAAACCACAAUCGUUAUUCUGGGAUUAUCGGAAAGAGAUCAGAAACGGUAGCUGGAUCAUAAAGUGAGCUCAAAAGAGCCACCUCUUUUUGACUUCUUAUUUAUACCUUUUUGUGUACUAGGAAUAAAAUAAGAUGUCAAGAAAAGGUGGAUGAGCAAAUAAAAAGAUGACUCAAACCAUCUUCUCUGCACAGAUUCUUGAUUAACCAAUUUUCAAAUUGUAUGGUAAAAUCUAAGAACUGUUCCAGAAAAGAUAGUUGAAUAAAAGUGGACUCGAAACCACCACUUCUGAUAACUGAUGAAGUAUACCUCUUUUGUUUUUUGGGAUUACUCAAAAGUUAUCAGAAACGGUAGUUGAAUCGGGAAAAGUGAGCUCAAAAGAGCCACCUGUACUCGAUAUACUAUUCAAUACCUUUUCAAAUACUAGGAAUUGAGAUAGAUAACAAGAAAAAGUGGAUGAGCAAAAAAAGUGGACUCGAAACCACCAUUUCUGACCAGUUACCGGAUAAACCGCAAUUGUUAUUCCGGGAUUAUCGGAAAGAGAUCAGAAAUGGUAGUCGAAUCAUAAAGUGAGCUCAGAAGAGCCACCUCUUCUUGACUAGUUAUUUAUACCUUUCUGAAUACCAGGAAUAAAAUAAGAUGUCAAGAAAAAGUGGAUGAGCAAAUGAAAAGAUGGCUCAAACCAUCUUCUCUGCACAGAUUCUUGAUUAACCACUUUUCAAAUUCAAUGGUAAAAUCUAAGAACUGUUCAGAAAAGAUAGUCGAACAAAAAAGUGGAUUCAAAACCACCAGUUCUGACUGCUAAUGAAGUAAACCUCUUUAUUUUUGGAUUACUUAAAAGCUUUCAGAAUUGGUAGUUGAAUCAGGGAAAGUGAGCUCGAAAGAACCACCUUUUCUUGACAUUUAGCUUAUACCUUUUUGUAUACUAGGAAUAGAAUAAAAUGUCAAGAAAAGAUGGAUGAGCAAAUGGAAAGAUGGCUCAAACCAUCUUCUCUGCACAGCUUCUUGUUUAACCACUUUUCGAAUUUUAUGGUAAAACCUAAGAACUGUUCAGAAAAGAUAGUUGAACAAAAAGUGGUUUCAAAACCACCAUUUCUGAUAACUGAUGAAGUAUACCUCUUUUGUUUUUGGUAUUACUCAAAAGCUAUCAGAAAUGGUAGAUGAAUCUAGGAAAGUGAGCUCGAAAGAGCCACCUCUUCUCGAUAUACUAUUCAAUACCUUUUCAAUUACCAGGAAUUGAGAUAGAUAACAAGAAAAGGUGGGUGAGCAAAAAGUGGACUCAAAACCACCAUUUCUGACCAGUUACCGGAUAAACCACAAUUGUAAUUUCGGGAUUAUCGGAAAGAGAUCAGAAAUGGUAGUUGAAUCAUAUAAAGUGAGCUCGAAAGAGCCACCUGUUCUUUUCAACUAUCUAACACCUUUUCAUAUACGAGGAGUUAGGAAAGUUGACAAGAAAAGGUAGAUGAGCAAAAAAGUGGACUCGAAACCACCAUUUCUAGUUGUUCAGUACUUAUAUCUAUCUAAUUUUCGGAUAAAAGUCUGAAGAACUAGAAAUGGUAGUUGAAUCGGAAAGCUCGAAAGAGCCACCUCUUCUUGACUAGUUAUUUAUACCUUUCUGAAUACCAGGAAUAAAAUAAUAUGUCAAGAAAAGGUGGAUGAGCAAAUAAAAAGAUGGCUCAAACCAUCUUCUCUGCUCAGAUUCUCGAUUAACCACUUUUCAAAUUCAAUGGUAAAAUCUGAGAACUGUUCAGAGAAGAUAGUAGAACAAAAAGUGGACUCAAAACCACCAUUUCUGACUGCUAAUGAAGUAAACCUCAUCCGUUUAUGGUUAAAUUCAAAAGCGAUCAGAAAUGGUAGUUGAAUCGGGAAACGUCAGCUCAAAAGAGCCACCUGUUCUCGAUAUACUAUUCAAUACCUUUUCAAAUACUAGGAAUUGAAAUAGAUAACAAGAAAAGGUGGAUGAGCAAAAAGUGGACUCAAAACCACCAUUUCUGACCAGUUACCGGAUAAACCACAAUUUCUAUUUCGGGAUUAUCGGAAAGAGAUCAGAAAUGGUAGUUGAAUCGAAAAAUGUGAGCUCAAAAGAGCCACCUGUUCCUUUCAACUAUCUAACACCUUUUCGUAUACUAGGAGUUAGGAAAGUUGCCAAGAAAGGGUGGAUGAGCAAAAAAAAAGUGGACUCGAAACCACCAUUUCUAGUUGUUCAGUACUUAUAUCUAUCUAAUUUUCGGAUAAAAGUCUGAAGAACUAGAAAUGGUAGUUGAAUCGGAAAACGUGAGCUCAAAAGAGCCACCUCUUCUUGACUAGUUAUUUAUACCUUUUUGUAUUCCAGGAAUAAAAUAAGAUGUCAAGAGAAGGUGGAUGAGCAAAUGAAAAGAUGGCUCAAACCAUCUUCUCUGCUCAGAUUCUUGAUUAACCACUUUUCAAAAUCAAUGGUAAAAUCUGAGAACUGUUCAGAGAAGAUAGUUGAGCUGAUUCAGAAAACUGAAUGAUAAUUGCUUCCUACAGUCUGCUUUUAUAUGGUCCAAAAAGGGGAGGAGACUUGAUAAAAGUGGGCGGAGCUUGGAUGAUCCAAUAACAUCUGUUAAUUUUGACACCUGUGUUAUUAUUGGGAAACACGAGGUGUUAAAAAAAUGAUAGCGGCAAUUCACAAAUAGGUGUGAACGCGUGUAAAAUGGGAAUGUUCGGAAAUCCGGUAACAGGUGGUGUUUUGGGAAUAUGGGGAAAGAAUGCUGUAACAUUAUUUUUUAGCUUGACUGGAAAAAAACAUGAAUAUUUCAGUUACCAUCGAGCAUCCAAUCGCAGUUCGUCUAUAUUUCGUGAAAGGUGAAAAAGAUGACACAUUCAAGAAGAAGGAUCGAUUCAAUCUUCGAGAAAUUCGAGAAAUCGAUGGGAUUAAUCCGAAAAGAUCUACACCCGAAUUUCACAUUACAAUCGGUGAUCGACAAUAUGUGAUUCUUGCAAAUUCAGCUGAUGAAAAGGAUGAUUUCAUCCGUGAACUCUACAAACUUUCAUCACAAUAUUUACCAAUUCAAAUGCCCGAUUUUUGUAAUGUAUCAAUUCCAUUGGUUGAAUCAGAAACAUCGAUUAUUCCCAUUGAACUUCCAGAUGGUGAUAUUGCAAUGCAAAGUGAUUAUCAACCAAUUACAACAAAAGAGGAUAUGGAUUUUCGAAAAUUGUUGGGUCGUGCUGAUUUGACAAUUGGAGAAGCGCAUAAGUUUGCGGAAAUGCUCACGGAGCAAUUGCAGAAUCUUGAUGGCGCUAAUAUUGUGUCAAUGAUGGCUAGUGAGAAUAGUGUGAAUCAGUUGUUGGCGAAUAUUGAUCAAGCUCUUGAAGGCGUUGAACUUGUUGAGAAGGAAUUGGAUAGUUGCGAUAAUAUUUUGGCAGUGAGUUUGUACUUGAAGUUUCAAGUGAAACGCAGAACAAUUUUUUUUUAAAUUUUCUGUCAGAAAAUUGAAAAACUUUCACUUCGAAAUAAGAUUUUGAAAUUUUUCUACCGACUAAUCAAGUUCAUGACUUCAAAACUGAAAUAUUCCAGAAAAUCAAAUUCUUUUAAUAAAAUCCUAUUUUCAGUUUGUCCGCAACAGCAUUGAACUCAUCGAGGAAAAAGAUUCGCUCUCUGUUGUCGAGCGGCGAAACAAGCAGCGCCUUAACGAUGAACUCAUCGCAUUCGAAAAAUCACUUCAAGCUGUAACUGCCAGUCAUAUUGAUACACUAAAACAGGCGAAUUUCAGCAACCCGGAGAGGUAAUUUUCGAUUUCUGAAAAUGUAUUCCUAAAUAUAAGUUUUCCAGUGUUCAAAAAUGCACAGACGCUGCUCGCGCUGUUGCUCAAUUUUGGCAUGGACGAAUCGCGAAACCGAUGCUUCAAAUGAAAGCGUAUCAAGAUCGAAAUAAUGAGUUGGGUGUGAUUGAUGGAUUUGUUGAUCGAUUGAUGUCACAUUUGUCGGCGUUGUUCUCGAAUUUGGUGAGUUGAUUUGUUGUGGAAAUUAAUUAUGAAUCUGUCUGAAAAUCUAGAGUUUUUGAGAAAAAGUCUGAAAUUGAAUCGUUUUUGGACAGAAUUUUUAAAGGUGGAGUCCGAGCAAAAUUAAGUUGUGCUCAUUUGAAAGAGCAUGUUCUAAUUAGUACAAUCCUCGAAGGAUGUUUUCUGGAAGCUUCUCAAACAUUAAAUCCAAGCUACAGUACUUAUGAACUUUUUCACUUUUACAGCCAUUUUGCACGGUGUUUCAUUGAUUUUUCGAACUUUAAAAGUCCAAAAGUCGAGAUGUUCUGUAGUUUGGAACUGUCAAUUCCAAUUUUUUUCGAAAAUGUGUCAAUUUUAACCAGGAGACAGACUUUUGAAUUUAAACUGAUUCAAAUAAAUCGAUUUUUGUGUCAGACUUUGAUUUAGAUCCAAAACUACAUAUGGCACUCUAAUUUUUUAAAAAAUUUUCCAGAACGAUCUCUCGCUUGACCAAGAAUGGCACGAAUUGUGUAUCCCAAAACAAUCUCAACGAUUCCGAGCUCUCUCACCACUUUCCGACCUCAUCCAUUGGCUCAAAACAAAUCGCCCAAAAGCAUAUACAAUCAGUCUUCAACGAUAUAUGGAUUCGACAAACAUGCUCUACAAACGACUUUUUGACAAUUUUUUUGAGACUUUGAUCAGCAAAGUUCCAAAAGCUAAUGAGAAACGGAACAGUGAGUCGAAAUGGGAAAAAACAUGUGAGUACCAAAUAAUUUCAGCGUCGGCAACAGUUUCUUCGAAAUCUAGCGAUAAUCAAAGUUUUAUGAGCGUUGCCAGCGACGUCGACACUGAUACUUUGCCCCAACUUAUCGAAACUGUUCUCGCUGAACUCUCGGCAGUCAUUGAUGCCGAACAAAAAUUUGUUGUCCGAUUUUUUCACAUCAAUUCGGAUUUGUUGGCACAACUCGAGACGAUUUCGACUGGUUCGGGUGAUAGUUCGAGUUUGGGUGGACGGAAUAUUGAGCGACAUAUGAAUGAGCAAGUUCGACAAGUGAUGGGUGCACUUUUUGAGAGUUUGAAUGUUCAUUUGGACAAUUUUUGUCGAGCGAUUUGUAGGAAUAAUCCGAGGUUUGUGAAUCUCCAGAUUCUAUAAGUUCAGAUUCUACCAAAUAUGUAAAAAAAAAUAUAAAUUUCAUAAAAAAUUUGCAAUAUCCAGACUCUCUCUCAUUUCCAGCAAUGUUCUUCUGCUCUUCGUGAUCAUCUCCAAAAAAGUGUUGGUCCCUCAAGACCCCGGAACUUAUUUCUCAAUCACCUUUGGAAGUUUGGUUGUGCUCAUCAAAAGACAAUUUGAUAAUUUUAUAGUGAGCUGCCCCUUCUCCCCAUCCCCCAACUCUUCAUAUUUCAGAGCCUCGAAUGUCAACAAUACUCUGAAGUUCGAAUCACAAAAAGAACACGUAUCGGAAUUUUGCCAUCGAUUGCCAGAUUUUCGGCAUUUGUCAAAGAGAGCUGAAACGAUUUUUGUGAACACGGAACGUCGAACGGAUCUUGAGAAAGCGUAUUAUCAUUUGUGCCGUGCGAUUUGUGAUGGGAUUCAGAGAGCGGCGGCGAAUCCGAAUAGCAAAUCGCCACCAUCGGUUGUCAAGUUUGAGAAUUUUCAUCAACUUUAUUGUGAGUUUUUUUUUUAAUUGGAAAAUGGAUUCUGAAAUUUCCGAAUUUCCAGUAACUCUCUCCGAGCUCAAAAUCGUUUGCCUUGACCAACAACGAAAAGACGCAAAAGCCCUUAAAGAAGAGCACAUUGAUGCGUUUGUCAAAGAAUAUAUGGGACGUCCGCUUGAAAAAAUUCAAACAUUCUUCGAUGCUGUCAACAAUGCAAUUGAAUUGCGUGGAGUGAAAGCCGAAGAAAUUAGUUAUCAACAACAAUUUAGUCGAAUCGAGUUGAAAAAAGUGAUUUCACAAUAUCCGGGCAAAGAAGUCAAGAAAGGACUCGAGCAAUUGUAUAAGAAGAUUGAGAAGAACUUGAUUGAUAAUUCAUCACUUCUUCAAGUUGUUUGGCGUGAUAUGCAGGUAAAUUAUUGAUUUUUCUUCUGGCAUCGAUAAAAAAUUGUUUUUUUUCCAGGAACAAUUCAUCAAACAAUUAUUGGAAUACAACAAAUUGAUUGCAAUGUGCUAUCCUGGAUCAAAAAUUGAGCUCGAAGUUUCGACUGACAAUGUUCUUCAAUUUUUCUCCGAAAUUGCUCAACAACAUUGA